AUGUCGCUCUCCGUUGUCUCAACUUCCGCCCCGGUCGCGGCCUUGUGGCCGCGACAGGCACAGCACUCACCUGCUGCCGGCCAUCAGCGACCCGGUGUUCUCUCCACCAAGGACGACACCUUUGGCGCCACCGGCGGUGGCAGCCAGGGCAGCCAGUAUCCUCAGGGCCCGAUGCCCUCGGACCCAUUCUACGGGGAUUAA